AUGGCAGGCUGUGGCUGUCUGGGGCUGGGGCUCUUCUGCUGGGCCCUGCUGGCUGUCCCUGUGGGCCCCCAGCUUGCUUCUCCUGUCCCUCUCACCACCUUGGGCCCCCCACCUCAGAGUGAGGCCUCGAUGCUGUCACUCAACUUGGGACUUAACUUCAAAUUCCACCUUCGGGGACCUGCUGCUGCCUGGGGGAGCCCUGUCACAGAGACCCAGCGGCUGUCCCCGGGGCUGGGCCGGGAGCCAGAGGAAGAGGUGGCCAGUGGGCUGAGGACGGACCCUCUUUGGGAACUGCUGGUGGGCUCCCUCGGGAACUCUCCCCCUGAAUGGGGUUCGGCUGAAGGCAGCUCUGUGCCCUGGGCUUCCUCCCUGCCGCUGGCAUCCACGUCCCCCCUCUCUGGGCCCACAACUCAGCCCACGGCUCCCUAUCAGCCUCGGAUGGGCACUGUGACCUGGGGCACUGCCCUGACAGCCACGGGGCCUCCAUUCAGUGCCCCCAGGCCUCACCAGAGCGAGCUGGAGCUGAAGUUGGGCGUGGCACUGAGAGCGGGUGCAGCCCCCACACUCGGCCACCGAACGCUGCCCCUGCUGCCCAGCCUGCGGGCCAGCCUGGCCGAGAUUGCUGGGCGUCUGGGCCCCUUUGGGUUCUUUGGCACUACUCUGACACCACUCCUGAACUUCUCAGGCCCGAGCCCCCGGGGCACAACUUUACCACCAAGCUCUGUCUCCGGAGUUUCAGAAUCUCCAGGGUUCUUUGGUACCACUCCGUCCCCAUCCCCGUCCCCAAACCCCUUGGAGAGGAAGCUGUCAAGGCCACGUCUGCUGGACCCUGCUGCUUCCCUGAGCUCUGCUGUAAUUGCAACAGAAUCGCUAGACCCCAAAGUCCUCACCUCUGGCCCAGAUGACCCCUCUCCUGCCAGCCCAGGGAACCCUUCUAUGCGGCCAGAAUGUGGGCUGGAGUCCUGUGGCGUUGGCAUCAGAGAACUGCCUGACCUGGGUGGGCAGCCCCCUGCGGCGCCGCUGCCCCUCUUCUUCCUGACCCUGGAGGCUGACUGGGCAGAAGCCAGGGCUCGCUGGGGGCUGGCCUGGGAGGCCCACGUGUACGGUGUGGGUGCGCUCUUCGGCCUGGUGGCCCUGCUGGCGUUGUUGGCUCUGGUUCUCUUGCCCUGGCGCUGCCCGCCAGGCGCACCCUGCCUGGCACUCCUCGACCUGCUCCUGCUCUCGGCGGGGACCACGCGGGCCUUCCCUCUCUUCUACGACGCCUACGGGCACCGCGCCCGGCUGCCGGCGCUCGCCUGGCUGCUCCUGCAGGACCUCCCGCUGCCCUGCCUGGCCGCGGGUCUGGGGCUGGCCUGCCUGCUCAUGGCCCGGCCGCGCCCGCCGCGGUGCCCUGGCGGCCUGGCCGCGCUGCUGCUCAUGGGGCUGGGACUGGCCGUCGCCGCCGCGCUGGGGAGCGCCGCGCACCGCCCGCUAAGGCCCCUGAGGCUCGCCGCCCGCGGCCUGCAUGCCUUCCUGGCCGCCCUGCUCUCGGGGCUCCUGCUGGCGCUCUCCUGCUGGCGGGGCCGGCGGCGGCGGGCUGGGGCGCCCCUGGGAGGAUCCGGCUUCAAGGGCGCCACUCCGCUCCGACAGGCGCGCAGCCCUUUCGCCCCUCGGGAGUCGUGGCGGCGCGCAGCGCGCACAGCGCCGGUGGCAGGCACCUUCGGACUGUUGAGCGGAGCCCUGCAGGGCUACGAGGUGCUGCACGCCCUGGGCUACGGCGGCCAGCCGGGUUUGGAGGGGCCGUGGCCCUGGUGGGCCUUCCAGCUGGGCUUGCGCCUCGGCGAGGUGGGCGUCGCGCUGCCCUUGGCGCUGCUGGGCCUGUACCCCGCGCUCUGCAACCCCCGCGUGCCUCCGCGCUGCUGGGCCAAGCUCUUCCGUCUGUCCCCGGGCCACGCGGCUCCGCUGCUGCCCGGGGGCUGGGGCACCGGGCUCCGGGAGAAGGAGCCCCCGGCCAGAACCGUAGCCCGAGGCGAGGCAGAGCUGCUGCAGCUGUGCGCUCUAGCGAGCCCGGGUCCCGACCUUCUCCUCCAGGGAGGCGGCUGCAAGGGCUUCGAGGGCGAGGCCGCGCUUCCGGCCUCUUCGCCCGCCUCCUCCCCCUGCAGCGAUUGCACUGUGGACUUCCGGCCGCCCUCCCCGAUCAACCUGCGGCGCAGCAUCGAGGAGGCGCUCUGCAGCGAGACUCUGCUGGCUCCCAGCCUCUUCCAAGGCCCUGCCUUCGGGGAAGCCUUGCCUGGACUCGGCCUCUAUCGCACCAUCUCGCUGGGAACCAAGACAGGGACCGCGUCCAGUGAAAGGCCGGAGGAGGCCCCUGGGUCCCCCGCGUCCCCAGAGCCGCCCUCCCCCGGGGCCUGGCCCGCGGGCAGCAGUGCCUCUUCCGGCUCCCUGUAUGGACUCUCGCGGGACAGCUCGUCCAUGCUGCUCUGCUCCAGCCCGGACAGGCCCCCGCGCUGUCCGCUGGUCUGCGUCCUCAGCCCCUCGCGGCCCUUGGCAAGCAGCCCCAGUCUCCCGGCCUCAGGGUCUUACCAUGCCCUCACCCCCCCGUCCCGCGACUCCCCGGAGCCUGCUCCUGGGCUGCGGGCUGAGGAGGCCUUACUGCAGGAGCAAUUCCUGGACGCCUGCCGCCAGAUUGACGAGCUGAGCGUGGGAAGCGACACGGUAGACCUGUGA